AGGCUACGCUACCUAACAGCUCUGAGCUCAUCAACCGCCAAACACCCACCUCCAUUUAUCCUCCUCCAUCCCAGUCCAACAUCCAGAUUUCGUCGACUGGGAGCUUCGGAUCGGGAGUUGCCUUUUACUCUCCCAUUUUCUACUAAUUGCUAAAACGCCUGCUCCUCUGCAGCGCCUUUUGAACUGUUUCUCGACCGAUUGACCGACACCGUUUACACAUACAUAUAUAUACCUUACCUCAACCUCGGGUGCGACACUGCUCCCUUCACACUUCAACCAUGUCGAUGCCCCCUCCUGGUGAUGGCUUCGGCGGCUAUCCAGCCCAGCAAUACGAUCAAUAUGCUGGCCAAGAACAGCAACCUCAACAAGCUUACGAGGACCCUGCCGCCGCCCAACAGCAACAGCCCCACGAUCAAGGCCACAAGAAGAAGAAGCGAGGAUAUGCGGCUCAGGCUUUCGAGGUCGGUACCGGUGCCAACGCCGUCGCCGGUGCUCAGACCGGCGGAGCUCCUCAGCAAUUCGGUGCCCCUCCCGCUCAGCCAGGUUAUGGAGGUUAUCAGGCCGAACCUCAAGCCGCUGCCCCUCAAGGAUACCAAUAUCCCCAGGGAUACGGCGCACAGCAACCCGCUGCUCCCCAGGCUCCUCAAUAUGGCUACCAAGCUCCCGAUCAAGGAUACCCAGCACCUGGUGCUCAGCAGCCCGCGCCAGGAGUUGGCGGCAUUACUCAAGGCGUCGGCAACAUGAACAUUGGUGGUCAGGCUCAACAACCCCAGGCCGCUCAGCCUCCUCGCCCUGCUGUUCUGAACCAGCUCUAUCCAACUGAUCUCCUUAGCCAGCCCUUCAAUGUCUCGGAGCUUGACCUUCCCCCGCCCCCGAUUGUUCUUCCUCCCAACACGAGUGUUACUCCAUCCCCCGACGCCAACUGCUCCCCGCGAUAUUUCCGAUCAACUCUCAACGCUGUUCCCACCACCCACUCGCUCCUGAAGAAGUCCAAGCUGCCCCUUGCGCUCGUCAUCCAGCCCUACGGUUCUCUCCACGACGAUGAGGAUCCCGUACCUGUUGUGCAGGAUCAGGUCAUCUCGCGUUGCCGACGUUGUAGAACAUACAUCAACCCUUAUGUUACUUUCCUGGACCAGGGACACCGAUGGAGGUGUAAUAUGUGUAAUCUGACCAACGAUGUUCCUCAGGCUUUCGAUUGGGAUGCCGCUGCCCAGCAGAGUGUCGACCGAUGGCAGCGACCCGAGCUGAACCAUGCUGUUGUUGAGUUUGUUGCUCCCCAGGAGUACAUGGUUCGCCCACCUCAGCCCCUCAUCUACCUGUUCUGUUUCGAUGUCAGCUACGCUGCUGUUUCAACCGGACUCGUGGCCACCGCAGCCCGCACCAUUCUGGACAGCCUUGACAGGAUACCAAAUGCUGAUCGCCGCACGCGCCUUGGUUUCUUGGCCGUGGACUCUAGCCUCCACUACUUCUCGAUCCCCAAAGAUACUGAUGAGAAUGGCGAGACCAAUAUGCUGGUUGUCAGCGAUCUCGAUGAACCUUUCCUGCCUAUCCCUAACGAGCUCCUGGUCCCUCUUAGCGAGAGCCGACAAAGCGUUGAGAAGUUCCUGCAGAAGCUUCCCGAUAUGUUCCAGAACAACCAGAGCAAUGGUUCAUGCAUGGGAUCAGCCCUGCGUGCAGCUCACAAGCUUAUCUCCACCCUCGGAGGCAAGAUUGUUGUUUUGACUGCUUCCCUGCCUAACCUUGGUGUCGGCAAGCUCGAGAUGCGCGAGGAUAAGAAGCUUCUUGGCACAUCAAAGGAGGGAGCUCUGCUUCAAACAGCCAACAGUUUCUACAAGAGCUUUGCCGUCGAAUGCUCAAAGAGCCAGGUCUCUAUUGAUAUGUUCCUCUUCUCAUCACAGUAUCAAGAUGUGGCUUCGCUUAGCAACCUCCCUCGCUACACCGGCGGUCAGACCUGGUUCUACCCAGGCUGGCAUGCCUCGCGACCUGAGGAUGCCCUCAAGUUUGCUUCAGAGUUCAGCGACUAUCUUUCGUCUGAAAUUGGUCUGGAAGCUGUUCUCCGAGUCCGAGCCACAAGUGGUCUGAGAAUGAACACAUUCUACGGCAACUUCUUCAACCGAAGCUCUGAUCUCUGCGCUUUCCCCGCCUUCCCCCGCGAUCAAUGUUACGUUGUCGAGGUGGCUAUUGAUGAGAAUCUUACCAAGAACGUCAUCUGCCUCCAAGCGGCAGUGUUGCACACAACCUGCAAUGGUGAGCGUCGCAUCCGAGUCAUGACUCUGGCCCUUCCUACAACGACCAAUCUAUCCGAUAUGUACGCCUCAGCGGACCAGUGUGCCAUUACCACUUACUUCAGCCACAAGGCCGUGGAGCGGGCCCUUUCAAGCGGCCUCGAUGCGGCCCGCGACGCUCUGCAGAGCAAGGUUACCGAACUCUUGCAGACAUUCAAGAAGGAGCUGGCUGGAGGCAGCAUGGGUGGCGGUCUGCAAUUCCCCGCCAACCUCCGCGGUCUUCCCCUCCUGUUCCUGGGGCUGAUCAAGAACGUUGGUCUCCGCAAGUCAUCUCAAAUCCCCUCCGACAUCAGAUCGGCAGCUCUCUGCCUCCUGUCAACACUUCCUGUGCCUCUCUUGAUGCGCUACAUUUACCCACGACUCUACUCACUACAUGAUAUGCCCGACAACGCGGGAGUUCCCGACCAGGAGACGGGCCACAUUGCGCUCCCUCCUGCGCUCAACCUGUCUUCAGAGAGGCUUGUGCCCUACGGUUUGUACCUCAUCGAUGAUGGACAAACUCAGUUCUUGUGGGUCGGCCGUGACGCCGUACCGCAAUUGGUGCAAGAUGUGUUUGGAGUGGAAGACAGAGGCCAGAUCCAGGUCGGCAAGGGUCGCGUACCCGAGCUUGAGGGAGACUUCAACGAACGCGUGCGAGCUAUUGUUCAGAAGAGCCGUGACCACAAGUCACUAGGGGUUGGCAGCAUUACAUUGCCCCACCUGUAUAUCGUGCGAGAAGACGGAGAACCUAGUCUGAAGCUCUGGGCGCAGACGCUACUCGUGGAGGAUCGAGCCGACCAGGGUGUAAGCGCAGCUCAAUGGCUAGGCAUGUUGAGAGAAAAGGUUGUUCAGUAGAGUAGCUCACGAAAAGUUGAGCGUUUGUAGACGGAGGAGUGGGUCGGAUCUGUCCUUGUAAUAUUGGGAUCGGGAUGAGGAGGGUUCAAUGACUGGAGUCGAGGUCCUGGAGAAGCAGUCGGCUGUUUUUGGUAACAGGGAUGCGAGGACGAACGGUGUCAAUUAGAGUGAAUGAAUUGUUUUGUGAGCAAUCGUGAAGAUUACCUAACGUGACGGGGUGAGGUGAUGUUGAGACCAUUGC